AUGAAGUUUUCCACCAUCAUUGCACUCAUUGCUUCCAGCGCUGCCGUCGAUGCUUUCGCUCCAACAGCAAGCUACAUCCAAAUAUCAAGAACCUCGUUGGCCGUUGCUCAAUCUCCACCAAGUGACCCAGAACUCGCCGACGCCAUUGCCGAUGUGCGAGCCGCUGCCAAGGACUUUGGCGACGAAACAGAACACUUUGCCAAUGUUUGGAUUGAUCGAGUGCUAAGUGGCGAGCACGAAGGCGUGGAAGCUGGAUUGUUGGACGAGUGUGUGAUUGAUGAUUCUGACAAGUGCCAACGAUUUGAGCAAGCACUCAAGCGGCUUGAUGCUCUUCUUGGAGUUGGCGCCGGUGAGCAAUACUAA